AUUUCACUUAACAGUUUAUAGAUACUCGUUACAAUGAUGAAGACAAUUGGAGGUAAACCAGGGCGCAAGGAGUUCUGGGUUCCGGUUGUUAACAAGUUUCGUGCCAAGCUUGCUGUCUGGAAAUCCGCUAUGUUGUCCGUUGGAGGCCGCAUUACUCUGCUCAACUCGGUACUUUCUUCUCUACCUACUUUUUAUAUGUCUCUUUUUUUGAUGCCAAGUUGUGUGGUUUCUGAACUAAUUAGCAUCCAGAGGGGUUUUUUGUGGGGUGGGGCAGAAAUGAAGAGGAAGAUACCAUGGGUUAAUUGGGAGUUAGUUUGUUGUAGUAAGAUGAAGGGUGGUUUAGGAGUGCCAGAUCUACGUAGGAGAAAUUGGGCUUUACUUGGGAAAUGGUGGGCUAGAUUGGGUGAUGGAGUGGAGAAUUUUUGGAAACAGGUGGUUAGGGAGAAAUAUUAUGGAGGUAGGAGGGAGGUAGAUAUUACUGGAGUAGAAAGUGGACGAGUGUCUAAGAUUUGGAGUGAUGUUGUUAAAAUAGGAGGGUUGUCUGCGGGUUUAAGGAAUUUGUUGGUAAAGGGUUUUAGAUGGGAGGUAGGGGAUGGUAAACGAGUAGGGUUUUGGAGAGAGAUCUGGGUUGGGGAUAAAUCGUUGAGGGAUUUAUUUCCCCGAUUAUAUGAGCUGGCUGUUAAGAAGGAGGGUCUAGCUAGUGAGAUGGGCGACUGGGAGGAAGAUAGGUGGCGGUGGAACAUGGAGUGGAGACGGGAAAGGAAGGGUAGAGUGAGGGAUGAAGAAGAUGGCUUAUGGGAGUUGUUAGGGGGUGUCCAGUUGAAGAAAGGCAAGGAAGACCACUGGUGGUGGAUACAUGGACUAGAUGGACAGUAUGUGGUGAAAACAGCUUACGAGGCUUUGGCGCCUGUAAAGUGCACUCUCGCAGACCAGUUUUGUAAGAUGAUCUGGUGUAGACUAGUCCCUUCCAAAGUUGGUUUUUUUGGUUGGAGAUUAUGUCUUGAUAGACUCCCAACAAAGGUGAAUUUACAAAAAAGAGGGGUGGUUUUGCAGGAGGAGAGUUUAAUGUGUGGCUUGUGUGAUGGGGUGGUAGAGGAGGCUAACCAUCUUUUUUGUACAUGUAAGGAGGCUUGGUCGGUUUGGGGGAAUGUGCUACAUUGGUGGGGUAUGGAGGCUGUGUUUCCAAAUACUGUGGAUGGCGUCGCUGAGUUUUUUCUGCACGGUCUGGGUAGGAUAGUAGGGAAGGAAAUUGGUGCAUGUGUUUUUCUUGCUGUUACUUGGAAUUACCGCUAUCCAAUCUGUGAGCCUCGACAUGACAAGCCACCAGGCAGCACAGAGAGGAGAAAAUCAACCCAAUACUUAUUCUUACAACCCUAGCACACUUCUGUUGGUUUUCCUCUUUGCAAAACUUUUUUAUUAGAAGACCACAACACUGUGAGGAUGCGAAGGCUAUGCAUUUUGCACCCACAUAGAAAGAGCUUUCCAGAAGCCUGAAGCUUUGUUUAGAAUUGUUGUCUUCAUAAUCAACUUGCGUAAUGAACAAAGUAUCGCUUG